UCCCAUUAAAAAAAAAAGCGUCGACCAUCGUCCAUCGUCCCUCCGUAUACAUUCUCCGUGUACAUUGUACUAUUUCCCCCCACCAUCCACACACCGUCUAGCAAUGGCACCGCACGCCGAACCGACCACCACCAGCACAGCCAACGGCACCACCGCGGGCGAACCCAAAGCACCCUCCUCGCCGACCCUCAAAUCGAUCGAGCACCUGAAAUCGUACCCGCUAGUAGCCGACGGCAUCACGACCUUCUCGUCGCAUCCGAUCGGGCAGAAGACGAUCGCGCUGUCGACCAGCGCGUACAGCCGGUUCAUCGCGCCGCUGUCGCCGUACCUCUCGAAGGCGUACCCGUACGUCAACCGGGCCGACGAGCUCGCCGACUCCAGCCUCGAGAAGCUCGACUCGCGCUUCCCGAUCGUCAAGGAGCCGACCGAGAGCCUGCGCUCCGUCGUCGUCGAUGCCGUGGGCUACCCCAGGAAGGUCGUCGCCCAGGUGAUUGUUCGCGGAAGCGACUUUGCGAAGGAGAAGCAGGAGUACGUGUUCAAGGUCUACGAGGAUGAGUUCUCGAAAAUGGGCGAGGAGGAGAAGAAGAGCGCCGGUUAUAUCCCCAUGGCGAAGGCGGGUGUCACCACCGGGUUCGUGGUCAGUUCCGAGCUGAUGGGUGCUAUCGCUACGUACCUGGGAAGCAAGAAGGAGGCCGUCAAGGAAGAGGCGUCGACAACGACGAAGAAUUAGACUGCUGGUCGGUCUGCGUUGUUCGUUUAUUACUAUUACUUCUGCUUCUCCUUCUUCCUUACCUUUGCUUUCGGUGUGAGGUA